UAAGAAAAACAGAAUUUUGUUUUCUGACAACAUCAUUUGCUGCAAAAGAUGAACUCCUUUUUUAUAUAACCAACUUGUUAUCAUUGACUCCACCCAUAUAAAGCUUCUAUUUUUAUGCCAAUAACAACCCACAAAAUCUCCUCCAAGAAUGGCCAAUCCAAAAGGGUCCUCGUUUCUUUCUCAAAUUGUGUUCAUCUUGACAUUUUCUUAUCUGGGUAAUGGCUUUUCUGUUGACCCAGUUGAGCAGCAAAGACUUGAUAAGGUUCUGAAGCUUCCAGGGCAGAGUUUCAAUGCCAGCUUUGAGCACUAUGCUGGUUAUGUUCCAGUAAAUGAAGAGUUCGGGAGAGCUUUGUUUUAUUGGCUGAUUGAAGCUGAUGAAGACCCUGAUUCUAAACCUCUUGUUCUCUGGCUCAAUGGAGGGCCUGGAUGUUCAUCCAUUGCAUAUGGAGAGGCAGAGGAAAUUGGUCCGUUUCAUAUAAGACCAGAUGGGAAGACCCUUUAUUUGAAUCCUUAUUCUUGGAAUCAAGUUGCCAACAUUCUGUUUCUUGAUUCCCCUGUUGGAGUUGGUUUUUCAUAUUCAAAUACAUCCUCUGACCUGUUGAGCAAUGGUGAUAAAAGAACUGCUGCGGACUCCCUGGCAUUUUUACUUAAAUGGCUUGAUCGCUUUCCACAGUUCAAAGGCAGGGAUUUCUAUAUCACUGGAGAAAGUUAUGGCGGACAUUAUGUUCCUCAGUUGAGCCAAGCUAUCGUGAGGUACAACCUAGCUACUGGGGAUAAAACAAUUAAUCUGAAGGGUUACAUGGUGGGAAAUGCUCUGACUGAUGAUUUCCACGAUCACUUGGGGGUUUUCCAGUUUAUGUGGGCAGCUGGUCUGAUAUCUGAUCAAACAUACAAACUACUGAACCUUCUAUGUGAUUUUCAGUCAUUUAUUCACAGCUCAAGUUCUUGUGAAAAGAUGCUAGAUAUUGCUGGUGAAGAAAUGGGGAACAUCGACCCAUAUAGCAUUUUCACUCCUUCCUGCACUGCUAAUGUUAGCCAGUCAAAUCGGCUGCUGAAAAAAGUGCAUGCUGUCGGUCACGUCAAUGAGAAGUAUGAUCCUUGCACUGAGAAGCACUCCGUUGUAUACUUUAAUCGACCUGAGGUUCGAAAGGCACUCCAUGUUAUACCAGCAGCUGCACCUGCAAAAUGGGAUACUUGCAGUGAUUUGGUUAGUAGUAACUGGAAAGAUUCUCCUCGGUCAGUGCUGGACAUUUAUCAUGAGCUUAUACAUCAUGGACUUCGUAUAUGGAUGUUCAGUGGUGAUACAGAUGCCAUUAUCCCUGUUACAUCCACCCGGUACAGCAUAGAUGCUCUUAAGCUUCCAACAAUAACACCCUGGCAUGCCUGGUACGAUGAAGGACAGGUGGGGGGAUGGACCCAAGAUUACGCCGGACUAACCUUUGUUUCAGUGCGGGGAGCAGGCCAUGAAGUUCCAUUGCAUAGACCCAAACUUGCUCUUAUACUCAUCCAAUCCUUCUUAUCUGGAAGCUCAAUGCCAACCUUGAAAGAACAAGUUGGCAUCAGUGAUUCCUGAAGUUCUUUGCUUCUCUUCACCUUUGAAAAGAAUGAUCAAAGAAGCACUUCAAAGGGAACUCCCCAUAGGGAAAUCUGUAAAAUCCAAUUUACGUUAUACUUCAUUUGCAGUUGAAUUAUUAAAUAAAGAAAACAGUUGGACUUCAUCCACAAUCCCUAA